UGUAUACUACAUUGGUCCACGCGCUUCGCCACCAGCCUCCUCACCCCUCCAUGGCAAACUGACGCGAGCCGCCAUGUCCGCACCCUCACAGCUGAUAAGGAACUGGAGGAAAGUGUUCCUGGGACUGCAGACGAUACGGAAACUAUCCGCGGAGGAACUGAUAAAGGCGGCAGAGAGUGGGAACCUCGAAGACUUCAACAGGUUGUUCCUGGCUGAACCGUCCCGGUUGGGAGUCCGGGACUCGAAGGGAAGAGCUGCAGCUCACCAGGCAGCGGCUCGGAACAAACUCAACAUCCUGCAGUUCAUCUUGAGCCAUGGCGGGGAUAUGAAUAUCCAAGACCAUGCUGGAAACACACCUUUGCACAUUGCCGUUGAGCAGGAGUCCUUGGAAGUCGUUGACUUUUUGCUGCAAAUGGGUGUGGACACUGGUAUCCUCAACCAGAAGAUGCAGGCGCCGCUACAUCUGGCUACUGAGCUCAACAAGGCUACGGUACUGGAGGUGAUGGCUAAAUACAAACACCUGAUAGACACCAACCAAGGUGGCGAGCACGGCCGUACUGCACUGCACAUCGCAGCAAUAUAUGACCACGACGAGUGUGCCAGGCUACUGGUGAGUCAAGUCAUUCAUUCAUAGUUUUACUUCACAUAUACAGCAAUGAAAGAGAUAGUUUAUUUUUGUGUAAGUUCAAGUUGUAAGACCAUUAUAAUUUCUGCAUCAACGACCAUUCAAUCUAUUAAUUGUUUACCAAUUCAGAUCACAAAGCUGGGAGCCUGUCCACGUAGACCUUGCAACAACGGCUAUUACCCUAUACACGAGGCAGCUAAGAACGCCUCCUCACACACUAUGGAGGUGUUCCUGCAACUGAGCGAGACUAUAGGAUGUACUCGGCAGGAGAUGAUAGCAUUCUAUGAUGCGGAGGGGAACGUACCUCUUCACUCCGCUGUUCACAGUGGUGACUUCAAGGCAGUGGAGCUGUGCCUCAAGUCGGGAGCGAAGAUCUCUACCCAGCAGCACGACAUGUCCACACCCGUACAUCUAGCGUGUGCCCAGGGUGCUAUAGACAUUGUCAAGCUCAUGUUCAGCCUACAGCCGCUGGAAAAGGGGUUGUCUCUUGCCUCAUGUGACAUACAGAAAAUGACUCCCCUGCACUGCGCCGCCAUGUUCGAUAGGAUGGAAAUAGUGCAGUAUUUGGUCCAGGAGGGAGCAGAUAUCAAUCCUCUUGACAAGGAGCGCCGAUCGCCUCUUUUGCUGUCUGCCUCUCGUGGUGGCUGGCGCACAGUGCUCACACUCAUCAGGCUUGGCGCCGACAUCCACCUUAAAGACUCCAACCAUCGUAAUGUCCUGCAUCUGGUUGUCAUGAACGGCGGACGGCUGGAGGAGUUUGCUCAAGAAGUCAUCAAGGCACAGUCCAAGCAGGCGCUACAACAGCUGCUGAAUGAGAAGGACAACACGGGCUGCUCGCCGCUGCACUACGCGAGUCGUGAGGGUCACAUACGCAGUCUGGAGAACCUUAUCCGACUUGGAGCUUGCAUCAACCUCAAGAACAACAACAAUGAGAGUCCUCUACACUUUGCCGCAAGGUAUGGUCGUUAUAACACUGUCAAGCAGCUGCUGGAUUCAGAGAAAGGUUCUUUCAUAAUCAAUGAGACUGAUGGAGAAGGACUAACCCCACUUCAUAUUGCUUCUCAACAAGGUCACACGAAGGUGGUACAGCUGCUGCUGAACAGAGGAGCGUUGCUACACAGAGACCACAAUGGGCGCAACCCCCUCCACCUGGCGGCCAUGAGCGGCUACACCCAGACUAUGGAACUGCUGCAGUCCGUCCACUCCCAUCUACUGGAUCAGGUUGACAAAGAUGGGAACACUGCUCUACACCUGGCUACGAUGGAGAACAAACCCAACUCCAUAUCUCUGCUGCUCUCCAUGAAUUGUAAACUCCUCUACAACUCCAUAGACCUGAGUGCCAUUGAUUACGCCAUCUACUACAAGUUCCCUGAAGCUGCUCUGGCUAUGGUGACUCAUGACUCCAGAGCUCAGGAGGUUAUGUCGCUAAGGUCAGACAAACACCCAUGUGUCACUCUAGCCCUCAUAGCCUCAAUGCCUCGAGUCUUCGAGUCAGUUCAGGACAAAUGUAUCACUAAAGCCAACUGCAAAAAGGACUCAAAGUCUUUCUAUAUCAAAUACAGCUUCUCGUGUCUGCAGUGUCCCCGGGAGUACGCUCAGAUGGACCAGAAGACGGGCGAAGCGCUCACUAUAUCUAAGCCUAUCCCUCUACCAGCUUUGAAUAUCAAAUAUUCGUUUGACCACUACCAGCCGUCGCCAGCCAAGUUGGCGUCCCAGCGCAAGGCUCUCAACAACAUAAAGUGGCGGCCAGACCCUCUGGAGGUGGUGAAUGCUAUGGUGACUCACGGACGUGUAGAACUUUUGGCUCACCCACUCAGCCAGAAAUAUCUGCAGAUGAAGUGGAACUCUUAUGGCAAAUACUUCCACAUCGCAUACCUAGUCUUCUACCUGAUCUUCCUUUGCUUUGUCACGACGUAUUCUUCUUUACUGAUGGACUCUUCUAAAGUAUCCGUCAAAAAUAUGACCACCAGUAUUACCAUGGAUGAAGAUGGUGAUGAGCUGGUAAGGACUCCAGUGAUGUAUUUGUGUUCCUGCAUGAUCAUCAUGUACAUCGGUCUGAACAUGUUGAGAGAAGGACUGCAACUCUACCAACAGAGAUGGCAGUACCUGCUGGACCCCACUAACCUGGUGUCCUGGAUGCUCUAUGUCAGUACCAUCAUCAUGAUCCUCCCUGUCUACCACGGCAUCAUCUCAGAGUUGACAGUGUCCUGUGCGUCCAUCACGGUGUUUCUUAGCUGGUUCACACUACUCCUUAACCUGCAGAGGUUUGACAUGGUUGGCAUUUACAUUGUAAUGUUCCUGGAGAUUCUUCAGACCCUGAUCAAAGUGCUGGUAGUCUUCUCUAUACUGAUCAUAGCAUUUGGGUUGGCCUUCUACAUCCUACUCUCAAGGGGAGACCACUUAAGCUUCAAGACAGUUCCAAUGUCGUUGGUGAGAACAUUCUCCAUGAUGCUGGGAGAGAUUGAUUUCCUCGGAACAUAUGUUCAACCGUUUUAUAUUCCGGAGGAGGAAAAGCGAACACUUCCAUUCCCUGUUCCGUCGUUCCUGAUUCUAGCUUUGUUCAUGGUGUUCAUGCCGAUCCUCCUGAUGAACCUACUUAUCGGUUUGGCUGUUGGAGACAUCGAGUCUGUCAGGAGAAACGCACAACUCAAGCGAUUGGCUAUGCAGGUGGUCCUCCACACGGAGUUGGAGCGCAAACUGCCUCAAGUACUCCUGGAGAAGGUGGACAAGAUGGAGUUGAUAGAAUAUCCCAACGACAAGACCAAGCUGGGCUUCUUUGACCAGAUGCUGAGGAAAUGGCUUUGCAAUCCGUUUUCUGAUGACGGUCUGGAAAUGGUGUUGGAGAACAAUGAAGACUUGAUGAGUGAAGAACUGGACAAGAUGAAGUCAAAGCUGAAGAAUAUCUCAAAACAUCUAGAAACUCAACAGCAACUUUUACGACUGAUUGUGCAGAAAAUGGAGAUUAAAACAGAGGCGGAUGAGCUAGACGAAGGAGUGUCGCCCAAAGAGCUUGCUCCGAUGCCGGGUGUCGGGUCUAAGUGGACGAGUCCUCGGGUGAGGCACAAACUGCGUACUGCACUCAGCUUCUCCAAGGCGCAACCACCCAAGUAGACGCCUCCGUACAACACUCGACCCGUGCCACUCUUACAUCCCAGGGCGAUACAGCAGUCCUGUUGAAACUCGACUUGUCCAAGGG